AUCACUUCUGGAGCUGAUAUUGGAACAGUUCGAAGAUCUCCUAGUACGCAUCCUUCUCUUGGCUGCUUUUGUUUCCUUUAUUCUAGCCUGGUUUGAAGAAGGUGAAGAAACCACCACAGCCUUUGUGGAGCCUGUUGUGAUUAUUAUGAUCCUCAUUGCUAAUGCGGUGGUAGGAGUGUGGCAGGAGAGGAACGCUGAGAGUGCAAUUGAGGCCUUAAAGGAAUACGAACCAGAAAUGGGGAAAGUGAUCAGGGCAGACAGGAACGGAGUGCAGCGGAUCCGAGCUAAAGACAUAGUCCCAGGAGACAUUGUGGAGGUAGCAGUUGGUGACAAAGUGCCAGCUGACAUCCGGAUCAUCGAGAUCAAAUCCACAACACUGAGGGUAGACCAGUCCAUUCUUACAGGUGAAUCUGUCUCCGUUACUAAACAUACCGAUCCAAUUCCAGACCCGAGGGCUGUUAACCAAGAUAAAAAGAACAUGCUUUUUUCUGGCACCAACAUUGCUGCUGGCAAAGCUGUGGGUGUUGUCAUUGCCACUGGAGUGUACACAGAGAUUGGGAAAAUCAGGAACCAGAUGGUGGCCACGGAGCCUGAGAAGACCCCACUGCAACAAAAGCUGGAUGAGUUCAGCCAGCAGCUUUCUAAAGUCAUCUCCCUCGUCUGCAUUGCAGUCUGGGUCAUCAACAUCAGCCACUUCAGUGACCCUGUGCAUGGCGGCUCCUGGUUUCGUGGUGCCAUCUACUAUUUCAAGAUCGCUGUGGCUUUGGCAGUGGCUGCCAUCCCUGAAGGACUUCCUGCAGUUAUCACCACUUGCCUGGCAUUGGGCACCCGCCGGAUGGCCAAAAAGAAUGCCAUUGUCAGGAGCCUCCCCUCUGUGGAAACCCUGGGAUGCACUUCAGUUAUUUGCUCCGACAAGACAGGCACCUUGACAACCAACCAGAUGUCCGUCUGCAGGAUGUUCAUUGUGGAGAAGAUUGAGGACAGUCACUGCAGUUUGCACGAGUUCACCAUCACUGGGUCCACAUACACCCCUGAGGGACAAAUCUUAAAGAAUGACCACCCAGUUAAAUGUGGAGAAUUUGAUGGCCUAGUGGAACUUGCAACCAUUUGUGCCCUUUGCAAUGAUUCCUCACUGGAUUACAAUGAGUCCAAGAAAGUCUAUGAAAAGGUGGGUGAAGCAACAGAAACAGCCCUGAUUUGCCUUGUAGAGAAGAUGAACGUAUUCAGUACAGAUACCAGCAGUUUCUCCAGAGUAGAAAGAGCCAAUGCCUGCAGUACCGUGAUCAAAAAGCUGAUGAAGAAGGAAUGCACCCUUGAAUUCUCCCGCGACCGCAAGUCUAUGUCUGUGUAUUGCACACCUGUGGCCUCCAGUCACAAUUCUUCAAGCAGCAAGCUCUUUGUCAAGGGUGCUCCAGAAAGUGUCAUUGAGCGCUGCAGUUAUGUCCGUGUUGGCACAAACCAAGUCCCCUUGACUUUUUCCAUCAAAGAGAAGAUACUUUCCAAGAUCCGGGAAUGGGGUACCGGCAUUGACACUCUGCGCUGUCUUGCCUUGGCGACGAGAGACCAUCCACCUCGGAAAGAGGACAUGCAUCUAGAUGACUCCAGCCAGUUUGUUAACUAUGAAACUAGGUUGACCUUUGUCGGCUGCGUGGGAAUGCUGGACCCUCCUCGGAAGGAAGUGGUGUCAUCCAUCGAAAUGUGCAAGAAAGCGGGCAUCCGUGUCAUCAUGAUCACCGGAGACAACAAAGGAACAGCUGUGGCUAUCUGCCGGAGGAUUGGGAUCUUCUCAGAGAGCGAGGAGGUGGCGAACAAAGCCUACACGGGCAGAGAAUUCGACGAUCUCUCCCCAGAGGCCCAAAGCAAUGCUUGCCGUUCAGCUCGAUGCUUUGCUCGGGUGGAGCCUGCGCACAAGUCCAAGAUCGUUGAAUACUUACAGUCGUUCAAUGAAAUCACAGCUAUGACUGGUGAUGGAGUGAACGAUGCCCCUGCUUUGAAGAAAGCUGAAAUUGGUAUUGCAAUGGGCUCUGGAACGGCUGUGGCCAAAUCAGCGGCAGAGAUGGUUUUGUCAGAUGACAAUUUUUCUACCAUUGUGGCUGCUGUGGAGGAGGGCAGAGCCAUUUACAAUAACAUGAAGCAGUUCAUCCGCUACCUCAUUUCUUCUAACGUUGGAGAAGUAGUCUGCAUCUUCCUGACAGCCAUCCUGGGCCUUCCUGAAGCUUUGAUUCCAGUCCAGCUGCUUUGGGUGAACCUGGUGACCGACGGGCUGCCGGCUACGGCCCUCGGCUUUAAUCCUCCUGACCUUGACAUCAUGGACAAGCUGCCCCGGAAUCCCAGGGAGCCUCUUAUUAGUGGGUGGCUGUUCUUCCGCUACCUUGCAAUUGGAGUUUAUGUUGGGUUUGCAACUGUAGGUGCAGCUACUUGGUGGUUCUUGUACGAUGCUGAAGGACCUCAAGUUACCUUCCACCAACUGAGGAACUUCAUGAGAUGCACAGAAGACAACCCCAUCUUUGAAGGCGUCGAUUGUGAAAUCUUCGAAUCUCGUUAUCCAACCACCAUGGCACUCUCGGUGCUGGUGACAAUUGAGAUGUGCAACGCACUCAACAGUGUGUCUGAAAACCAGUCGCUGCUCAGGAUGCCCCCCUGGCUGAACAUCUGGCUCCUGGGAGCCAUUAUCAUGUCUAUGGCCCUGCAUUUCCUGAUUCUGUACGUGAAGCCAUUGCCUCUGAUCUUCCAGGUGACCCCACUUAGCUGGCCUCAAUGGGAGACAGUGCUGAAAAUCUCUUUGCCAGUUAUCCUGCUGGAUGAAGGCUUGAAGUAUCUCUCCCGUAACCAUUUAGAUGGCAAAGAGACCAAGGAAUGACCAGCACAAAAGAAACUCGGUUUCUCCGCAAAAUGAAUUGUAGACUCUUACCUGGGACUGAAGAAAUUGCAUGCUUGAACAUUUCCAAAAGACAUCAAGGAAUAUGCAUGUUUUUGAAGUCUCGGACUUAAUGCGGGUGAAUUGUCAAAAGAAAUCAAAAACUGAUAUUUUUGUUUUGUUUUUAUUUUUACUUUUGUUAUGUAGCUGGGUUGUUUUUUCUUGUAUAUAGUUGUGCAAAUACUGGACAGUUAAAUUAUGGCUGGGGAGGGCGGGUAGAGUUUACUCUUUAAUGGAGGCAGAAUAAUUCAAACCCUUAGAAAUCUUCUUCUGAAGAUUUAAUUCCUUUUUUAUCUCUCUUUUUUCAGUGCCCUAUGAACUGCAUUUUUCUUUUGAAACAAAGUUUUGUGAUAGUUGGGGAUGAGAUCUAAUAGAGUUCUUGUCAAAAGUAGCUGCUGGUGGGGUGACUCUGUCCUUCACUAGCAAGACCCUCUUUUGACACAGCCCUAUAAGUUUUUAUAGGAGUCAGGAAGUACCACAUGACUUGAGGUAGCCUAUCAGGUUUUUUGAGAAAUAUAUUUGGCCAUCUGAUUGGUUACCAUAUAGUUCAUCAGGUCUUACUAGAGACUGGCUGCUGAAAUCAUGCUUGGCUUUGAGUAGAUGCCUGAAUUCUAGAAUUAGAAGUUGGCUGCACUCUCGUGCUUGCAGGCUUAUGAGAAAGAAGCACUCCUGGGCAGAGAAGUUCAGUAUGGCCUUAACCAUCUACAUCUGCCGUGUUUCGUUCUUGUGGGAAUCCUUUUUCUCCCACAAUUUUUUUCAGAGCUUUAUUUUGUGGAGGGGGAUGUUCAGCUUCUUGUAUACCAGAAAGCUGAAUUCAGGAGUAAAGAAUCAGUGUGGAAAGCCAGUAUUUUAGAAAGGAAGAUUCUAGUCUGGCCAUUUCCCUGCUAUGCCAAUUCUCCAUGCAUAGAAACCCUCUUUUUGUGUAAGGUAUUGCCUGGAGACAGGUCUACCCAUGUUUGUGUGAAUUUAGACCGUAAGUAUAUAUCUGGUUAUCUCAUUACAACUCAACUCAUUGAUCCAUUUAGCCUAUCUGACUAGUAGCGGCUGUCAUUUUCUUGCUUGCUGCCUGAGAUCUUUUUAACUGGAAAUACUGGAGGCUCAAUCUGUGCACUUCUACAAAGAAGGAAAUACUUUGCCACUGAGCUGACAUACUAUCUUUGGGUAAACUAUGGCUUCAUCUUGGCUAGUAUUAGUUUCUCCGUGAGAGACAGCAGCUGUCCGAAGUGGCCCACAAAGAUAUAAUUGGGUGCCAUAAGACCAGAAUAAUCGUAAUGGUGACUUCCUAACAAAAUGACAGCAUGAUUUAAAUAUCAGCAUCCCCUUUGCAUAGUUUAUUCUUCAUAGGUCACUCAAGAUGAAAAAGUGUCAAGCAAAUCAAGAGUCUUGCAGUGAAAAAGGCCCAGAAAAAGUUCAUGCGUUAUAUGGCACAAGACAAAGCAACUCUGUCUCUCUGCAUCCUAAGACACAGAUGACAUUUAUGUAACUUAUGUCUGUGGUCCUUGAGUAUUUAGGGGGUGCAAAUUUGAGGCCAGAGUAUGCAUUCUCAUCACUUAUCAAACUUGGCUGUCCUUCAGGCCAGGUGCCUGGAACUGUGUUCAGUGCGAUCCAUAGUUCGUACAGAUGUAACGGGGGGAUUAAUGGCAUGGGUGCCUGACUUUAAAUUCUAAACAUGGAUUUCUGUGGAAAGCUUCCACACUUUAGCUGGUUAUUCUCACAAUAGCAGCAAGUUCAGGUACAUGGAGAAUCAUAACUGAUGAAUUCCAGCCUUUGGAAAGAAGAAGAGAUUUCAGAAAGGUCAUCUUGAAGCCUGUUUUUGCAACAUUGCAAAGCUUUUUUUUUCCCCAGGGAAAAAGUCCUACAGUAAUUAUUGAAAUGAAGUGUGGAUGUCCUACCUGUCAACAUUUUUUAAAGAACAGUAGCUAAGAGCAGAUGAUGAUGAUGGAGGAGGAGGAGGAGGAGAAUUAGAUUCAUAUCCCGCCUUUUCUCCAAGAUUACAGGGCAGCUUACAUGAGCUUCUCCAUUUUAUUCUCUCAGCAACAAUCCUCUGAGGAGGUAGGGUGGGCUGAGAGAGGACAACUGCCCCAAAGUCAACUAGUGAGGUUCCAUGACUAAGGGGGACUAGACCAACUUCAUACACUGACCGUCUAAUGUAUAUUGAGUUCACCUCUUUUUUUGCGCACAACAGUUGAUUUUUGAAAUGAACAUAAUUUUGAAGGCAAGUACUUUAGAAGGCUCUAAAGGCUUUUUCCCACUGCUGUGGAAAUGCUUCCUACCCCCGUUUGAGUCAGCGGGAAACAAGACUCGCAGAAUACUGACUGCCUGUCUUGCCUCUUUUUUCUGUCACAGCCAAUCAUCUGACUUUCUUGGAAGAUGAGGGGUAAUAAAGCUUAACUGACUUUAUGUCCCCAGACAGGGGAGAAAAUGCAACUUUAGCACAGUAUAUCUAAGGAUGGCUUGAGGCUGGCAACAUCAAGGGGACAGGACAUAUUUGUGCAGGUGGGGAAAGGCCCCAAUUGUUUUUCCUUAUUUUUUUUCUGCUUCCAAGUUCCAAUGGCUACUGGCUGUUAUGUGUUGUAGCUUAUUGAAUUAGAUGCUUCCUGAGGCUAUGUAAUAUAUUAAUGAGCUUUAAAGAUAUGUUUUCACUAUGCAUUUAAGCCCACUUCAAUCUUAUUUAGUUAUUCUCAUUUUCAAUCUGAAAAACCUGGAAAAUGGAGUAUGGCGGAGGAAGAAAUUGUCUGCACAUGGCAGAACUUCUGUCCCCUGUGUUAUUUGUCUUGGUGUGAUUGGUUUGCUUGCUUGCUGGUUUCUCUCUUUGAGGGAGUGACCUUGAGUUUACAUCAGUUCCACUUUAAAUGUGCUUUCUGGGGCUGUGUUACUGAAUGGGGGGCAGUUACCAUGAAGCCAGCGUGGCAUCAUGUGAAUCUAGGCAUUUGCAUCGCCAACUCAGGGAUCUUUCUCUGGCACUUGUGUGUUUCUUGUAUCUGGGCAAAGGUUUGUCUUGAAGUAUUUGGAGUCCUACCCUGAAUAUGUCUUUUGUAAUUAAUUUUACAUCAUUCCUUUUGAAGGGGAAAAGAAGAAUGUUUAUACAUGGUGUAGGAAGACUCUACGUCCUGGCACUUUUUUAAAAAAAAGAAUGGUCUCUUGAAUCAUUGAGGCACAUUUCAAAAUCUUCCUAGAAAAGUCUAAUUGUUUAUCCUAUCAGCUUUCUUAAUAACAACAAUAAAGAUCCAAGUAGUUAUUUUAAGCAAGACAGGCUUGUCCAUGGUAUUCAGAGGGAGUAAAAAAGAAGAAAUAAGUUAGUGCCUAUGGAUGUUCAGUCAGAGCCCACCCCUGUUUUAUAUGUGUCAACGCACAUAAAAAGGGCAGGGCUUUGGAUGUGAACCUGUGGCCACCAUCUUGACUUUUUUGACUCUUCCCAUCUCUUUCAGAUGCCCCUGAGCAAAGAGCAGCAGAACUGUGAAUUAUGCAUAAGUGUGAGGGCAUUUAGUCAAAUGUUGAAUUAACAUUUUUGGUAGAUGAAGUUUCCUAAUCCCUCUACCUCUUUGUUGUGUGUGAUGAGAUCUACAUCUGUCAUGCAACAGGAAAUUAAAAUCACAGGCGUGCUCCGUUGAAGGCACAGGAGCACUGCCCGAAAAGGAGAUGCCAACUGUUGAAUAUGUUGCAUUUCUGUUCCUGAUUUCUUUCUUUUGGUAACCUUGUUUAUGCUCCGGUAGUUUUAAACCAUCUUGUCUGGAGCAGGGAUGACUUCUGUUCAGAAAGGGCCCGUUUCUAUUCAAAAUCAGAUCUGGAGAACUUUUUCUGCAGUUCUCCUUGAGUAUGAGGUUCUCAGCAUCAUCUCUAAAAACAAUAAAACCUACAGUCCCUGAUGAAAGCUAUGAUACUUAAACAUGUAUCUAAUAUGAACAAAAUGUGAUGUGUUUGUUUAUGUUACAACAUGCCUAUAUUCCUAUAUACCUGGAAAUUCUUCCCUUUGUACAUAGUCAGGCUGAGUAGGGGUGGAUAAACUUGUCACUUCUGAUUUCAUUUGGCUUCUCUUCUUCUUCCUGUAGUAUCAUGUUUAUUUCAUCCUGUUUCAUCCUCGUGAAUAUUUUUUAUUAAAAUUCCACAGGAACAUUUUUGUACACUUCCCCAAUAUGCGUGUUUUUGCACAUACUUUCUUAAAUCGCUGGACUGUAUCAAAAACUUUGGGAAUGUGCAAAUAUUGACAUACAACUACAUUGUGGUUUGUGUCUGGGUGAGGAAAGAAUAUAUUACAUUGUAAACUGAACAGAUUUUUCCUCCUGACCUAACCCUUACUGAAUGCCACUGCCCACAUGAUCUUGGCAAGACUAAGUCACCCACUAUUUCCGCAGCUCAAGUUUUUACAAAAUAAUUUCAGCUAAAAAUUUGAAAAAAUCCUGACAUUGCUAUCCAUUUAAAAGAGAUCCCACAUUGUCUGCUGAUUCACAGAUACUGUUUAAGAUGACAAUCGUUUAGAAAUCAUACACCACCACCUUUCUUCCUUAUCACCAGCAUUGUAUAAAAUAAAAUAUUUCUAAGAUAGGGAACAUUGCUAAGCCUUUGAGAAUGUAUAGAUUGAAAUAUACUACUGAGCUGGCUGAGCUGUACAGAAAAGAAAUUCUUGCAUGAAAUGUUGUUACUGUAUUUAAUAUAUACUUGUAUUCAAGAAGUUUUAAUAUGGAGCUUUGGGGAAGGGGUCACCUUUAUAGAUACGUGUGGUUACCAGAAAGUUUUAAGAAACAGAAAGAAAACGUAUUCUUCACUUUC